GAAUAUUUUACAAUGAAGUAUAUUUUUGUGCUCAUGGUUCUUAUUUGUCUCGCCUAUGGCUUGGCAAUUCAUGCAUCACCUCUCCGCGAAGUUAAAUCUAGUCAUCUGACGAAACGAGAAUGUAUUGGUGGUGGGUAUCAAGAUUGUAUCGAAGAUGAACCAUGUGAAGAGCAUGAUGACUGUAUGAUCGGUUUGAUUUGUAGCAAUUCGGUAUGCUCUCAUGCUUCUGAUGCUUCUGGUGAUCUUGAUAUUUCUGAUGAUCUUGAUAUUUCUAAUGAUCUUAAUGUUUCUGGUGGUUUUGAUGCUUCUGGUGAUUUAAUGUUUCUUGGAAUUGUAUAA